AUGGGUACCAUCCAGAAGAGGGCCUGCGAUGGAUGCCAUCGUCGAAAGGUCAAGUGUGAUUCAAACAAUCCAUGCCGAAACUGCAAUACUGCCAACAUCCAAUGCACGUACAAUGCUAUUCCUCAGAAGAAGGGUCCCAAGGGGUCCCGCGCCAAGGUCAUCAGUGAGCUUCGAGAGAACCAACGCUUGACGAGUCUUCCCGUCAAGGUCCAGGCCAGAAUGAACGGCGUUAUUCCUGAUGCCAUUACGCACCACAAUCCGGUACCCGGACUGCUUACGGCCGAAUUCGCAAAGAGCUGCGUCAACUUCUUCUUCGAAAAUCUCUACUCCAAACUACCCAUCCUCGACCGGAAUGCCAUAGAAGCGCAUCUGCCAGCCAUGGAGAGAAAUCCCGAUAUAUACUGCUUGUUCACUGCUAUGUCCGCCUUCAUGAUGCUUCAGCCAGGCAUGGGCUUUCCGACAGCCGAUUACAAUCUCUCGAUGGAACCUGGUGCCACAAUCGCAGCCAGCGCCAUACUGCUCGACGAGUGCCUACGCGUUCGCAAGGGGUCCGACUAUUGGGAACGCCCUACCCAUUACGCCCUGGCCACCAACUUCUUCAUCUUCGCCAUUCACUACUCUCAAGAAGCCCAUUCUUCCGCCUGGUAUUAUCUUCGAGAGGCCACAACCAUGAUCCAGAUGUCAAGCCUGAACAAUGAUGAUAAAUACUUGCAAGACGCGGACUCCAUCCGACGACGCCGCUUGUUCUGGCUGUUCUUCAACGCUGAGCGAGCCUAUGCCAUCCAGCGCGGUUACCCCCUGUCCUUACAGGCGACUGUCCAUAUGGGCAAUUACGCUGAUGAUCCCACCGACUCUUUCAACCCUUCUAUCCAGAGCAACUUCUUCAACUUGUGCGGCGUCUUCCGAAACAUUGACGACGGUUUCCUCAGUGUUUGGAGACAUCCAUGCUGCCGCCUCGAUGGCCAGACUAUUGUUUCUUUGAACUCGCAGCUCGGCAAGAUGCCGUCUACAUAUCCUCCUGGCGUCGCUUGCCAAAAUGUUCAGAACUGGCUCAAGAGUGUGGCGUGGCAGGUCAGUGGAGAUUCCCAGGAGUCUAUCGCGUACAGAAUGUCCCAGUUGCUUUCUGGUUUUCCCAACCCGGGAAUGUUGAUGAGCUCUGGCUUGAUCCCCAAGCUAAUACAGAUCACUUCGGACUUGAUUGUAUACCUCGCCAAUGCGCCGCAGUCUCGCAAUCCAACAACACCCGGGCCCGACCGUCACCUUCAGCCUCUCCUGCGCAUUUGUCUGGCUAUUCAAAGCGAGAACUACCAGUUUGUGCCUCUUUUGUUGAGCAAAGUUAACGAAUCCCUCCCUUACGUCAUUGACCCUACAUUGUUGAACCCGCCAGAGAAUGUCGGCUAUGCAAUGUCUGCAGAUAUAUUCGACGGCUUCGGCAAUGCCGGCAUGGCCCAAAUGCCCAUGGGCGACUACAACGCCAGCCUACCCAUGAACCCUUACGAGCCCAAGUAUGAAGAUAUGGGCGGCAAUAGUCCCGACUCGCUCCCUCACUCCCACCAUUCCCAUCACUCAAACGGCUCACCACCGGGCUCACAAAUGGGCAAUGAAAUGCCUCAGAACUUUGUCAGCUCCCCUGGUGCCGUUAUGUCUCCAGGCAUGGACUACACCCCCAACAUGGGUGGUUUCAGCAUUUCCGAUAUGGUCAUGAGCCCCCUGGGUGGCGCUGCCCCGCCAAACGGCAUCAAUAUACAGAGGCAACAGCAGCAACUCAACAAUCAGCCUCAAAUGCAGGGGAUGCCCAAUCAGGGCAUCAACGCACCGCCAAUGAACCAGAAUAUGAGCUCGCUAUACAGUGGCGUACGACAACCAUCACGCCAGAGUAGCUUCAACAUGCAAAGCCAGACUCCUCUAUCAGCGAUGUCAAUGUCCGAUGGAAUGGAUUUUAAUACAUUACCGCCGCGGUGA